AUGGAUUUGGGGUAUCGGAACAUUCUGGCACCGGAUGGGCCGCAUUACUCCAUCCCCCCGAGCGACUUUCGGUCCCCCACCGUUCCCCGGCCACCCCCGGUUAUCGAUUUCAUGCAGCGAAGCUCCGAAUCUUGCACGAUGGAGAAGACCCCGCCUGUCACGGGCAAGCGCCGAGGUGGCAGCCGGAAAGCCUGUAAUGAAUGUAAACAGCAAAAGUUGCGAUGUGAUAUUGUUCAAACGCCCGCUGCAGCCUGUUCGCGCUGUCGCAGGCUUGGGAUAGACUGUAAAGUCGAACAGUCGUUCAAGCGCAUCUCUAAAAGAAGGCGCAAUGCUGAGAUGGAAAAGGAGAUUGCAGAUCUCCGUCGCCGGUUGGGGCCUAAUUCCGAUCAGGAGCAAGGGCUAGAGCAUCACGAGUCCCAUGGUGGCGAUGAAAUGUCCCAUAGCUCAGAGGAUGUCUUUGCUCGCCGUGACUCGGCCGCAAUUGACCGAUCAAGGCCUGUCUCGGUGCCUGUUGAAACCAACCCAUCUAUAGCAACCCCUUUGACUAUCAAAAGGGAUGGCUCUAUAGUAUCGCAGGAUGAGGGCCAGUGGAGACUCGAAGAUAUUUGUCUCUCUAGAGCUCGCGUUAUCCGAUUAUUCGAACAAUACUUCACAUAUUAUCACCCCUUCCUUCCUCUUUUGAAUCCACCCAAGCCUCCAGAGGUUUAUUUCAACCGAUGUCCGCUCUUGGCAUGGACCAUCAUCUGUGUUGCGAGUCGCCGGUCUCAAUAUGAGCCUGGUCUCUUAAGCGCACUCUCUGGACCAUUCAGCAGGCUGCUUUGGUCAACUAUUACCAGUGUUCCGCAGGAUUAUCGGGUAGUCAAGGCCCUGUGUGUUCUAUGUACCUGGCCUCUUCCGACUACUAGCCAGCGCACUGAUGCAACGUUCAUGCUCAGUGGCUUGAUGAUGCAAAUUGCCAUGCAACUCGGUCUCCACCGUCCAGUUCAAUCAGAGGAGUUCACAACAUUCCGCAUGGAGGUUCAAGGUGAAGCUCUCAAAGAUCGGCUACAUACGUGGGUCAUUUGCAACAUCGUGGCUCAGAAUGUUGCAACGGGUUAUGGCCAGCCACCAAGUACGAUGUACGAUUGGGCCCUUGAGCCUGCUUCUUUGAGAGAUGCCGACUACCGACUGCCCGAUGACCUAGCAAUCCGGUUGCGCAUUGAAAAGUUCUGCGACCGGGUGACCAAGGCAUUGUACAGCAGUAAGCCCGAGCCGGCGGAGUUUAUCAGCACCGAAAAACUUUUAGUCGUGCAGGUCCUGGAAAAUGAACUAAGAGAUAUGGAUCUCGAGUUCGAUGGGAAGCUCUCUGCGGAGUUGCAUUUCCGAUACUUCAUGUUUUUGGGGCCUAAUGCACGUAACGACGACCUGAUCAAACUCUUCCUUGCAACAACAUCAUUCCUUGGUCGUGUACUAGAUCUCGAAACUUCGCCAGGUGAACUGAUCGGCCACUCUACCAAUUACAUUCUUCAGAUGAUCGUGUCUGCCGCUUUUGCCCUCAUGAAAUUGUUGAAGAGCAGCUUCGGUCGAAAUCUUGAUUUUAACCAUGGCAAACUGUUGUUCAAUGGGGCGAUCUCAGCAAUCCGCCGAAUCAGUGUUAUGGAUCAUGACCGUCCCAUUCGUCUCGCAGACAUACUGGCUCAGAUGUGGAAUGCCACAAGUUUAGAACCCGCCGAGGAGGACGCUUUACAGCUUAAAGUACGCUGUCGGAUGAGCAUGAGCCAUGUUUACGACACAGUUUGGCGGUGGCGACAGCGAUUCCGACCGGUUAAAAGCAUGGAAGAAAUGCAAGGCCCAGCAGGGCACUUCACGCGACCACAGCAGAAUAGCUCCCUGGAGGAUGCAUCUUUGAUGAUGCCGGCUCAAUUCGACGAAGGCGGAGCAUUUUUCGGCGAAUCUGGGUUCUCGGAAGUCUUUGAUUCCCUCAAUUGGGUCUUUGACGGUAUCCCGGACUCAUUCGUGGCCCCGCCAGUUCUAUAA